AUGACCACAGUAAUCGACUCCCCCAUCUUCACCAACACCUUCUCCACCCCGGCCGUUCGAGCAAUCUGGUCCGACGCCCAACGGACAACAUACUACCUGCACUUCGAAGCCGCCCUCGCAAAAUCACAGGCCCAACUCGGCAUCAUCCCCCAAAACGCCGCAGACGAAAUCAUCAAACACUGCAAACCAGAGUUCCUAGACUUCGACCUCCUCCGCCAGCAAACAGAGUUGAUCGGCUACCCGGUCUUACCGGUAGUCCAGCAGCUCGUUGCUAAGGUUAAUGAAGUAGAGCCCGGGUUGGGAGAAUGGACGCACUGGGGCGCCACAACCCAAGACGUCACGGACACCGCUACGGUCCUGCAGCUCCGCGACACCAUCGCACUCGUCGAAGCCUCCCUCGAAAGCAUCACGGCCGCGCUAACAACCCUAUGCGAAAAGUACAAAACCACCCCCAUGCCCGCGCGCUCCAACCUCCAGCAAGCCGUCCCCGUCUCCUUCGGCUUCAAAAUGGCCCGACUCCUCGCGACCUUCCGCCGGCACGCCCAACGCCUUCGCGAGCUGAAACCGCGUCUCCUCGUGCUGCAAUUCAGCGGCGCAGCCGGGACCCUCGCCACCAUCUCCCCCUCCUCAUCCUACAACGUUCCACUCCCCUCUCCCGACCCCGACUCCGACCCCGAACCCCUCGGUCUCCGCUGCCAACGCCUCCUCGCCUCCCACCUAAAGCUAGGCAUCCCGGAGAUAGCCUGGCACACCGAACGCGACACCCUCGCCGAGUUCUCCUCCUUUCUUGCACUCCUAACCGCAACCUGCGCGAAAUUCGCCACCGAUCUCAAACUCCUCUCCCAGUCCGAGGUUAAUGAAGCGAGGGAGCCGUACGUCCCGCACAGAGGAAGUAGUUCCACGAUGCCGCAGAAGCGCAACCCGAUCGGUUCGGCGUACGUGUGCGCGAUGGCGAGUUCGGUCCGGCAGCUGGCGGGGGGGAUGGUGGAGGCGGUGGUCGCGGAUCAUGAGCGGAGUACUGGGGCGUGGGAGGUGGAGUGGAUUAAUUUGCCGCAGAUUUGUGCGCUGGCGGUGGGGUGUCUGGAGCAGACGCGAUGUCUUCUCGAAGGGGUAGAGGUGGAUGAGGAGGCUAUGCAACGGAAUUUAGCAUUGUCGAAGGGAGCAGUGGUGAGCGAGGCGGUGAUGAUGGGGUUGGGCAAGACGAUGGGGCGGCAGAGGGCGCAUGAUGUGGUGUAUGGGCUGUGUAGGCGGGCGCAACUGGAGGAUAAAUCGUUGCUUGAGUUGUUGUGUGCUGAUGAGGAGAUCAAGGAGGCUGGGUUGAGCGAUGAGGAGUUGGGAAGGCUUUGUGAUCCGGGGAAUUAUCUUGGGCUGAGUGAGGUGAUGGUUGAGCGGGUGUUGAAAGGAGCAUAG